AACUGAAGGUUAACGACCAUAUCGUUUUGUCACAAAAUCGUUCAAGUAAAUAUUUCGUCAUUUUGAUAUUUGAAAUAUCAAGUAUUAUUUCAUACAAGCUUGCUUACCGAACUAAGAUUAUUAAUAUAUAUAAAUGUAAAAAAAAACAUAUGAGACAGAGUUACGAGAUCCAACGAAUUCAGUGAUAGAAGAUCAUUUCCUGUCUUAAGUGAAAAUAUGCUCGAUUUAUGGACAGUUUUGCUAGGUUUGUGUGUACUGGGUCUAUAUAUUCUGUGGCAGAAGACAGUUAGAAAUUCCACUUUGCCUCCUGGACCACCAACAGUUCCAUUUGUCGGCAACCUAAAUUUACAACUUGACAAUCUACCAGAGAAUUUCCGUAAUUUCAGACAAACUUAUGGAGAUGUAUUUAGCUUGAUACUAGGAUCAAAAACAUUGGUUGUUGUGAAUGGAUUUGAAGCAUUGAAGGAAGUAUUUGUUAAAAAUGGAGAUGUGACGUCAGAACGAGCAGAUUCUUUUAUUACCCGAGAGCUGAGUCAUCAUAAAGGAAUAGUAAGCUCAUCUGGUUCUUUAUGGAAAGAACACAGAACGUUUACAUUAGGAGCUUUGCGUGAGUUCGGGUUUGGUAAGAAGAGUCUUGAAUCAAAGAUCAUAGAAGAAGCUGAAGUUUUAAUGAAGCUAAUCGAGGAAAAGAAUGGACAGUCAUUCAACAUCAGGCAACUUCUCUAUUUGUCUUUUUCUAACAUAACGUGUUCCAUAGUUUUUGGUCAGCGGUACGAAUACACUGACAAACGUUUUAUGUCAUUGCUGGACAAAAUUAAAGAGAACACAAACAGUGUUAACAUAACAAUGCUUGCUACAACCUUUCCUUUCCUUCAAUACAUCCCAGGUGACCCUUUUGGUAUCAAACGUACAGUAACCAAUGCUGAUGUCGUGCGUAAUCAUUUGAAGAAUAUUGUUACGGAACAUGAAGAAACAUUUGAUGAAAAUAAUUUGAGAGAUUAUGUCGAUGUCUACCUUAAAAGAAUGAGAUCAGAUGAAGGCAAUCCAAAAUCUACGUUUGAUCAUCAGCAACUUACUUGUACAAUAGGAGACCUGUUUGUAGCGGGGACCGACACGACAUCAACAGCUUUGCAAUGGUUUAUUGUUUUGCUAAUAAAUCAUCCUGAAGUCCAGAAUGAAAUGAGAACGGAGAUCAACAAUGUCAUAGGGACAUCCAGAUAUCCAUGUAUGCAGGAUAAGCCUAAGUUACCUUAUACGGAAGCAGUUUUAAAUGAGGUCCUAAGAUUUGGAUGUAUAGCACCUUUUACAUUACCUCAUGGACUAACGGAGGAUUUUAAUUAUAAGGGUUACAUGAUCCCGAAAGGUUCCCAAUUGAUGCCUAACUUACAUUCCGUCUUAUAUGACCCAGAGAUAUUUGACGCUCCAGAGGCAUUUCGUCCUACAAGGUUUCUGGAUACAGAACGAAAGCUCAUUAAUCUGGACAAGGUUCUGGCUUUUGGACUAGGAAGGAGAGUUUGUCUUGGCGAGUCAUUGGCCAGAAUGGAAUUUUUCCUAUUUGCAACAAUACUCAUACAAAGGUUUAAAUUUAUAGCUGCCGAUAUUGACAACUUGCCGUCAAUAAAAGGAAGAUUAGGACUUACAUUAGCACCCGUUGAAUUUUCUUUUUGUGCCGUCGGAGUAUAAUAAUUAAUUUUUAUAGAAAUAUUAUUUUGAAGCAAUCGUUA